CUACCACAUAUGGAGGCUGUGCUUGGCUGAGCGGCCACGGUUCCCUUGUCCUUCAGGCCAAACCUGUUGCGCCUCUCCAAGUAGCUGACAGCACCAUCAAGUCAUCGUUGCCGAUAACAGACGCUUCAGCAUCUCCACUUAGCAUUCACAAGCCUCCAGCAAGGCCAAGCUCAGCGCUGAGGCGCUCUCUUUCGCUUCCAGCCAGCGAGAGCCGUUCGUGCGUCUAUCCUCGCUUGGCAGGCACGGCUUCGAUGAGCCCCAUGAUUCCUCACUGCUCAGCCUAGCACAAUGUUGCCACCUCCGACGCCUCCACCUCCGCCAUCAGAUGCGGAUGCGGAUCCUUCUCCGCCUGUAUACACCCAUCUGCCUGUUCGCUACGACCAAGUACACGGCGCAGAAUCUUCCAGCACCACCUCACUCAUCGAUCAUGAUGCUGGCUCCUCCAGUCAGCCUCAGCUGCCCCUGUCUCCUUAUCUUGAAGACAACUUCUUCGACAUUGCGCCUCGAGCAGACGCGACGAGCUUUCAGGUGGGCUAUCUCGGCUUGGAAGGGUUCCAAUCUUGGAUCAAGGGCGAUGUUCUAGUCAAGCUGGAUCCCGCAAUACGUGCCAGUGGCAAGUACGCGAAAUGCACAAUAUCUCUGACUGCUGAAGAGACGACUACGAGCGAGCGAGUAGAGCUCUUCAGCGCUCAGCAGACGCUUUGGUCCGCGCCGCCAGCAGCCAUGACGCCGCCAGUAGCUUCAACGUCUCGCGAAUCGGCAGCAUACGUUGAAUCGGCACAGAUCCCAUCAACGAUGCCAUUCACGUUCCCUCUCACGCCCGACCUGCCUCACUGCAUACAUCUGCCCCAGGGCGGGAUCACUUAUGCACUCGAAGCGCGGCUAGUGCCAGCGGUCCGCCAGAUGUCGAGCCCCGAUGUGUUCAAGAGAGCGCCAGUGCAUCUCACCAGGUACAGUCCACCAGGUCCGUUGGCUAACAUCGUCGCAUCCGCAAACGCAGAACACCUCAACAGCCAUCUGAAUCUCCAACCUGAGGGCAGCUCGAGCGCCAGCAAGCUCAGACCCCAUACGUGGCGGCUCACAGAGCCGGUGCCCUUGUCUAUUCAGCUGGCUCGUACUCUCUUCCGUCGCGCAGAGCCAAUAGACAUACGGAUACGCAUUCCGCCUCUACCUACCGGCCUGCAAAGCGAAAAGGCCUUGCGUCUAAGAGCUGUCGAAGCCACACUAGCGCGCGUAAUUCACGUGCGCGACACGAGACGGCAGGAGGGCGAUCAAAGUCACAAGCAUCAGAAACAGAGAGCUGACGUAGCAGGAAGUCUGGGCACAUGGAGAGCAUCCGGCUUGGACGAAGCACCGGGAUAUGCCUUGGCAGAGGAUGUCUCUGGACCCUCAUCCACAAUCGCGCUUUCUCAUCUCGACGAGGAGGAGCUGGCUCCCGCAGCCGACCACAGCUGCCGCGUGGAAGCCUUGCUGGCCACAUCGGGAAAGCUCUGCCGUUUCAAUAGUAGCCGCCCGAUCUUGCUACGCUUGGCACUGCAUCCACCUUUCGCACGGGUCAAUAUGCCAUUUCCACAUCCCGAUCACGAUGCUCCGCACGGUGGUGCUGGAUUUGGAGCCGGCAGAGGUGGCGGUGGUGGUUGCGAGAGCAUUACGCAGGAGACUCUGGCGCAUACCGUCACAUUCAUUGUCAGGGUCAAGAUCUCCAUGCGCGGUGCACGUUCGGAAAGCAGAGACGUUGGCGUAGAGAAGGAGAUCACUGUCAUCCCAGGUGCUGCCGGAGCAGAAGCGCCUGCGGAGGACGGAGCGGAGCCGCUUGAAGUUCCGCAUGCUCGACGCACUGUGAACGAGAAGCAUCCAGUGAGGGACGCAGAAGCAGCCCAGGCAGGCACAAGUGCUCGUGUCCUGGAUCUGCCCUACGCUGCCGAGGGUGACUUGCCCUUCGAGUCAUUCGAUUCGGAAGAGGAGUACGACGGCUUUGAGGAUAUAGGGCGACGUCUGGACGAGGACAGCGAUUCUGACGAGUCGGCCGAUAGGGUCGAAGCUGAACGGCUUUUGGAUGUUCUAGCACAUCCUAGCGGCUCCAGUGCAGAUAGUAGCCUCAGAAGGAGUGCUCUACAAGCCAUGGACGUCGCUGUGGCUACAAGACGGAAUGAGCAGCACGCUGGAGAGCCACCACCCAGUCUGCUAGAGAGUCAGCACGAUUUGCAGGUAAUUGAUGACCUGGAAGUAGAGGUCGCUGGCGUGGGCAUAGCAAUGCCGAGACAUCACUCAGACCCUCGCUCUGGGGAUGACGCAGCCUUUUUGCCGCCAGCAUUUGGAUCUGCGGCCAUGCUCCCGCAUCACGGUUCUGACCCUGGACCUCCACUCGAUUCAGAUCUAAGUGGCUAUGCACCUCGCGACAAUCUAGAAGUCCGCUCCGGAGCUAGACAGUCGCCCCAAUCUGGAUUGGUCGAAGUGUCUGGACCACGCAUGCCCGGACAAUGGAACACUGGCGAGCUGCUGGAAGCCACAGUGGGCCAGACGUCUCCUUCACCCCCACUUCUGCCGGAAUGGUCAGAAUCACAGCAUCAUGGGAGGCUACAAUCAUUAGAACCCUCUUAUUCGCACUUGGCAGGUGAAUCUGGUCGCGCCUUGCGACAUGGCGUGGCGCAGAGCCACAGUCCUCCGAGCUUUGCAUCGUCCGUGGGUGCGACUGGCAGAGAUUUGCCACGACCUCUUCCGCCCACCAACAAUGGCACACCUCAACCGCCCCCGUACGUCGACGGUAGUCGCCCUGCUUCUUCGCGCGGCACUGCAGCCGGAGGCGGUAUUCCGCCUUAUGAAGUACCUCGCAGCAUGCCGCGCCAUCCCUCGGGCGUCAUUCCUCCAGGCGGAGAACGACACUCAGGUUCAGCUGUGCACAAUACGUAUGAUUUGCGUUCUCGAAAUGCAGAGCAUGACUCAUCCGACCGUAGAAGUGUCCAUCCUACUGAAGAGCUUUCUAGGCAUCCCGAAUAUGAAGCGCACGCCUUGCCACCUGCGUACCCACUCGACGCAGAUCAAGCUGCACCCGGUGUAGAGCACAGGGGACCGCCGCAAGGCUACGAGAUGCUCGCGCAGCCCCGAUCCAACGCUGCCCUGGACCCUCGGGUCAUGGCUGACGACGCUGGGCCAGUUUCGGAGCAUCCUCAGCCGGAUCAUCGAGAUGCUGAUUUGCCUCGCAUGACGGGCUAUGGUCCACCUAGCUACGAAGCUUAGCAACCUUCCUGGGCCUGAUUCAGCCACAGGUCGACACCGAAAUCUGCUCAAGCCUGCGCUCCCUUAUUCGAUAAUGAGCACAUGUAUCCAUUGUGAAUCAGAACAUUUCAGACAUUCUGGCGGGAAGUUGGCCUCGUUUGCGGAUUGCGCGCCGUGUGAGUGGGAAUGAGGCGGGUCCCCUAUCGUGCGGCGAAGUAGGGGUAGCGAGAGACGACGGAACGGGCGAGGGUGCUGAAGGUAUGGGAAACAAUAUGAUGCUGCGUGGAGUCGGAAAAUCUACAGUAGGAGGGAGAUCAUAAGGAGCCAAAAAGUCUUGAUUCGGGGAGAAACGUGUCGGAGCGUGCGUAAGGAAGAUCGUGAGUCGUGAGUCGUGAGUCGAGGGCGGAGCAGUGGGAGAUCGAAUUACAAGUCUUGACGCCAAGGCAU